AUGACGUUAAAAUACGCCAGAGAUUUCCGUUCGCGUGCGAGAAUACCAGCCCUGGUGUACCUGCAUCCGAUAAACAACUGCUCCAUCACGAGGAGCUCUCAGCCACUGCCGGGACUUCAACGCAAACGCAACCCCCAAGACGAGAAGCUGAUUGCCGCCAUUUUCGCAACUUCGAGACCAAACGGCGAAGUUUGGCAGUCUGACUCCGUCCAGCCGUCGCCCACUUCAACACCAAAGCCGUCCGGCAGCCCGGAACCAAGCACCGAAAAUCUCCCCUCCACCAGCGGCGAGAGCUCUUUCGUCGUGGCCGGGACGGCAGCGGAGGAUGAAUUAAUCUCAAACGCCACGCAGCAACCUAUCAGCCCUGGGCGGAUGUAUGGCGCGCAGCAGAAGAACUUGAUUGUGGAUGCUCGACCAAGGUUGAACGCGACAGUCAACUCGGCAAUUGGGAAGGGGUCUGAAGAUAUGGCCCACUACGGAGCAGCUACAAAGGCUUAUUUGGGAAUUGCUAACAUUCACGUAAUGCGCAAUUCGCUGAACAAGGUCGUAGAUGCCUUGAAGCACACCGACUUCGCGAAUGUGCCCGCCCACCGUGAGCAACUUGCGAAGAGUGGAUGGCUGGAACACAUCGCCGGUAUUGUGGAUGGAUCGAGGAUAUGCGCAAAGGCGAUUGCCAUUGACCAUUCUCAUGUCCUUAUUCAUUGCUCGGAUGGCUGGGAUCGCACAAGUCAGCUUAGUGCAUUGGCUCAGCUGUGCUUGGAUCCGUAUUAUCGCACCAUGGAAGGGUUCAUUGUCCUGGUCGAGAAGGACUGGCUUUCUUUUGGUCAUCAGUUCCGGCAGCGUUCUGGCCUCUUGAAUAGCGACAAGUGGUUCGAGAUUGAGAACGAGCGGAUAGGAGGCAACGAUGCUACCAACCCCGGCGCAGGAGGAGCCAAUGCAUUCGAGAACGCCUUGCUAAGCGCCAAAGGGUUCUUCGGCAACAAGAAGAACGACAGUAGGGAGUCAUUGCCCGAGUCGGAAGGCGAUGUCAGAGUUGACUCUCCAAGCCCAAGGUCGAACGGGUCCAAGCCUCCGGACAAGGUCCAGACUACUAAACCCGAUGAAGUCAGCCCCGUGUUCCAUCAAUUCUUGGAUGCAACCUACCAGCUCCUUCACCAGUACCCAACGCGGUUCGAGUUCAACGAGCGUUUCUUGAGGCGGCUGCUCUACCAUCUCUAUUCUUGCCAGUAUGGCACGUUCCUGUUCGACAACGAGAAAGAACGUGUUGACUACAGAGCCCACGAGCGGACACAGAGCGUGUGGGACUUCUUCCUUGCUCGCAAGAAAAUGUUUCUGAACGACAAGUACGAUCCUGAUGUUGAUGAUCGGGUCCGGGGCAAGGAGCGCAUCUUCUUGCCCAACCCUACGAAAGUAAGGUGGUGGGCCGAGUCUUUUGGCCGGAAGGACGAAGAGCUUAACGGCACUGGCACUGGUGCUGGAUCGCUCCCGCCACAUAGCGCUGGAACUGUGCCGGUUCUGUACAGGGUUGAGCACGCGAACCCGGCGACCGGUGCGACGGUGAGGCAGGAGCUUAGCGCCAACGAGAGAUCUUUUAAUGGAGAGCCUGAGAUGUCUGCAAGCUUCUCAAACCUGUCGAUAGGAGGAGCAAGCCCGACUCAAAGCCAGAAUCCAAGUAGAGGACCUAGCCCCAGCAGAGGCACCAGCCCGGGAGCUGGUCCUGGCCGUGAAGCGACGCCAGGCGAAGAUGCACCAAUGCAGAUGGAGCUUGGAGCUCAUUCUCACAGAGACGCAGCAGCAGCUCUGCACACGAUGCAAUGA